AAAGUGACACACGCCCGUUCUUUUCUCCUACGGGACGCCUCCGCGCUAGUGGCAACGGCGGCGGCGAUGGCGACGUCGGCGAGCACGUCCGGCGAGUGGCUGAAGGGCGCCCUGCAGGAACUGAGGGGCCGUACGGGGAGCGCCCUGGAGCUCGACGACGGCCUCAUCUCCGGCCUCGUCUCCUUCUGCGAGCUCGCGCCUCCGCCCGACGCGGCCGACUACCUCGCGAAUAUUGUUGGAGCAGAAGCUGCGCAGGACCUCAUUCAGGAGUACUUGCAGAGGAGGGGCUACACUGAUCCCUCAAAAGGAGCUGGAAGCUCGCAGUCGUCUAACCUUCAGCCUUAUUUGAAGCCAUCUGCUGAUGCAGCAACUGCCCAAACAAAGAAACAGACACGUGCACAAAAAGAUCCAGCAUCUUCUUCUAGUCAGAGUUCCAAGAGUCAAUCAGAUGCGGCUGAGACUCAUGUUGUCUCCAAGAGAGGUCCAAAAAAGAAGGGAGGAAAGGUCAUCUCUCUUGCUGAGGCAGCAAAGGGUUCUAUUGUCUUCAAGCAGGGGAAACCUUGUUCAUGCCAAGCACGACUGCACAAUCUUGUUAGCAACUGCUUAUCAUGUGGAAAAAUUGUGUGUGAACAAGAGGGCGAGGGACCAUGUAGUUUCUGUGGCUCACUUGUCUUGAUGGAAGGUAGUACAUAUGCGGGUUUAAGUGAUGUUGGAGUUCCUCUUUCGGACACAGAAGUUGCAGCUGAAGCUUAUGCAAAGAGGCUUGUUGACUAUGACAGAAACUCUGCGGCAAGAACUAAAGUGUAUGAUGACCAAAGUGACUAUUUUGAAAUGGAAGGAAAUAGUUGGCUCUCAUCUAAGGAAAAGACAAACCUAAAGAAGGUGCAUGACGAAGCUCAGGAUGCAGCUGAAAAACAAAAGGGGAAAGUGACUGUCACGUUUGAUUUGGUGGGCCGUAAGGUAAUUUUGAACAAGGAUGAAACCGCAGAGUCGGAAUCUGACCAAGGGAUCAUGAGACCACUAGAACAGAAGCAUCAGGUUCAACGCAUACAGCCCAGCCCCUCGAUCAGAGAGCAGCCAGUCUUCAUUGAAACAGGACCUGUGAAGCCCAGAACCGACAGGGUAAAACAGAGCAAGAAGCUCGGAAAGAAUGGCUUGUGCCUGGAGGUAACCGGAAGGGUGCAGCAUGAUGACAAGGAUCCCCAGAGCUUUCUUGCUGGCAAGAUGAAAAAAGGUGACCAUCUCGCAUACAGUUCCUUUGGUCAAGUUCGUGAAGGUGAUGACUAUGAGUGCUCCCUUGAUUUUGAUUGAGCGCUAGCUGCGAAUUUUGAUGCGUUCGAUUGCCUUCACAUUGUACUUAAUUAUCGCAUUUUAUACGGGUCGGAUUGUGGUCUGGUCAAGUUUCCAGCUGGAGGUAUUUUGGAAAGGCUUGCUCCGCGAUCAGUAAUGUUGACCUGUUCUAGGCAAAGUAUGUUCUGGAUCAGCAAACUCUGUAGCGCUAUCUGUACAAUUUUGCACUUUAAACGGCAUCCGGAAAACAACAAUGACGCCAUGUCUUUGUUGAAUUUCAUUGGAUAAUUUACGUGCAAA